AUGAUUCUCGUUUUGCUCUGCCAGAGUGAAGCGGUGCGUCUGGCCCCCGCUGCCACUACUCCUGGCAACGCCACUACCAGCAAGCCUGCUAGCACUAGCACUCCCAAGCGCAAGAAGUUUCAUUUUGUGAUAAAGGUUGGAAGCACGUGGGGCGACAAGGGCAUGGUGCCGAUGGAGGAUACCAUUGUGUUGGACAGCCAGGGAUUUGCUCCUUUCCUGGUAAGAACGCUCUCGUUCCCUCCUUUCCCCUCCCCUUCUCUCUCUCUUCCUUUCACCUCUCUUCCUCCCUUGUCUUCCCUGCUCCCGGUUCGCUUUGUGUACUCUAAAUCCCCAACCAUAGAGUUCGAGUGUGGGGGAGUUGUCUAUGACAAGACGCUCUGGCAGUUUAAUGACGAAAAAGCCUUCAAAAAUUGCAGAUAUAAGGAGGCAAAAUGGCUGCACAAAUUUCAGCGUGUGGGCGACAAAUGGGAGUACUCUGUACCCUACAUAAGUGAUGAUUACCUAUAUAUUGGCCCCAGCCCUUGGCUGUGCAAGAACCUAAACUCGAAGUUCAAGAUCCCUUACUUCAAUACUGACGACUUUUGA